GUGCGGAAAGCAAAAACAAUCAACAAUGAAUUUAAGACUUUUCCGUAUUUUUAAAACAAAUACUAUAUCCAAAAUAAACUACAGAUGUACUAGUCGUGUUGUGCCAAUACUUAAUAACUACAAAAAUAACAGUGAUGUCAAUCAAAGCUCUUACUUUAGCUGCAUUUUAGGAGCCACUAUAGGGUUUAUAGGUUAUUUUAGUUUACGUGAAAAAGUAACAGCUGCUACAGUUGUAAAUGAUUUGAAAGGACGAAGGGAGAAAUAUAAUUUUAUUGCUGACGUUGUGGCAGUUUCGGCGGCGUCUGUUGUGUAUAUAGAAAUAGUAGACGGACGAAGAAUAGAUGCGUUUACCGGUAAAAAAUUAAAGAUAUCCAAUGGCUCGGGAUUCAUCAUUAAGGAAGACGGGCUGAUAUUAACUAACGCUCAUGUUGUAGUCAAUAAGCCUAAUGCAAUCGUCAAAGUUAGAUUAACUGAUGGUUCAACACACGAGGCCCUCAUAGAACACUAUGACCUACAAUCAGAUCUAGCAACACUUCGGAUACCAGUUAAAGGGCUACCAACAAUGAAACUUGGUACUUCCGCUGAUCUCAAGCCUGGCGAGUGGGUGGUGGCUAUAGGAAGUCCCCUUGAUUUGAGCAACACAGUCACAGCUGGUGUAGUGAGCUCUACUCAGAGAGCUGGAAGCGAACUUGGCUUACAAGACAGAAAUAUAGUCUACAUACAAACGGAUGCUCCGAUUACAUUCGGUAACAGCGGGGGACCUCUUGUCAAUCUCGACGGCGAAGCUAUAGGCAUUAACAGCAUGAAAGUCACCUACGGAAUAUCGUUUGCCAUACCCAUAGAUUAUGUAAAGGAAUUCUUGGCUAAACAUAAAACCAAGUCUCCUCAAGUCUCGAAGCGUUACCUCGGCAUCACCAUGCUCUCAUUAACGCCUUCCAUACUCAUGGAGUUGAAGAUGAGAAAUCCCGAGAUGCCAACCGAUAUUCAACACGGUAUCCUUGUAUGGAAGGUCAUCAUUGGAUCUCCUGCUUUCAACGGGGGUCUACAACCAGGCGACAUUGUAGUCAAAAUAAACGGAAAACCAGUUCACAAUACAACCGAUAUAUACAACAUUCUAGAAAGUACGACGGGGAGUUUGAAGAUUGACGCCGUCAGAGGGCGCCAGCAGAUAAACCUGACCAUAGUACCAGAGUUACACUGAUAUAGUCUUCGACGUGGUUUUUUUUUGAGCGAGCAUACGGCUCACUUGAAGAUGAGUGGUUGCCGUCGUUCAUGGAAGACAGUAAUUUCAAGGGCAGAGCCAAGCCACUGCCUACUUAAUAAUCACAGUAAUCCUCCUUAUAACGCGGUGUUCUUUAAGCGAUUUCACUCCGCCAUAUUUAUCAUUAAUUUCGCGUAUCUUUGCACGUUGUGACAAUUGUAUUGUUAUAAAAUUAAAUUAAUUCAUUAAAUUUUUGUUCUUAGUUUUUUGAACUAUAUUGUAUUAUAAUUGUAUAUAUAUAAUAAUAUAUUGCAUUUGUACAUAACGCGUUAUACGGCAGCAAGGUCAUACAAGCGCGUUAUGCGAGAGUACUACUCGUACUACAACGUGUUUUGCUAUAACGCGGAAUUAAUCUAUCGUGUCAUAGGGAGUGUUACAGGGAGCUCCCUGCUAAUCUAGUCUGAAGAAAGGCAUGUCAUAGCGCUAAUAAAAUUUAGACAAAAGCUUAUUUUAUUAUGACAAAUUGACGUUAAAACCACCUUUAUAUGUAAAUUAUUGGUUUUGUUAUUCACGCCUCUAUGAUAUAUGUAUAUAGAUAUGUAUUUUUGUAUAUAUAUAUUUAUUCAAGCUUACCAGCGAAGCUUGUAGUAAUAAAUGCCUACAUCUAAUCAGAUGUUUGUUUAUUAACCAUAAUAUGGAUACGUGAACGCCUGAAAAUGGCGCUAAUUGACUUUUAAUGACCACACCAAGCUUUAAUGGGUUUUUUUUUUCAAUGUCUGAUAAUUACGCGAUAUGAAAAAGUGAUGCACAAUUUUAAGUGGAAUACUGGAAUGUCGUUAUUUGUUAAAUGUACCGCUUACAAAACGCGGUCGAAUGUUAUUUGAACGAUUGUGACGUCAUUUGGGGUCAUAACAAGGAAAUGUAUAAUCUGUGCUAAAAGACAACGACUCUUCAACUAUGACAUAAUAUUUAAUGCGAACACUAUGUUUUGUUUCAAGUUGUAGAUGUUUUUAACUCCGAUUCUUUGUUUUUUUUUAAAUAUUUAUUUAAAAUAAUUGUUUG